AACAUGGCUUGUCCAUAAGCAAGCAACGAACGGAGGCGUGUCUGCCUCUUUCUUGUUCUUCUUUUCCUCCUCCCUCUUCUCCUUCUUUCGCCUUAUCUCCUUCUUUGAGAGCAGUCGGAUGGAUGAAACCCUCCGGAGAGCUGUGCAGUGCUACAAGGGCAAGAAUUGGAAGAGGAUUGCGGAGUUCUUUGCUGACCGGACGGAUGUGCAGUGCCUUCAUCGGUGGCAGAAGGUUCUUAAUCCGGAUCUCGUCAAAGGGCCGUGGACUAAAGAAGAGGAUGAAAGAAUCAUUCAGUUGGUAAAUCAGUAUGGUGCCAAGAAAUGGUCAGUUAUUGCGCAAAAUCUCCCUGGAAGAAUUGGCAAGCAAUGCAGAGAACGAUGGCACAAUCACUUGAAUCCGAACAUCAAGCGAGAUGCCUGGACAGAGGAGGAGGAUUUGGCUCUCAUCAGAGCACAUUUCUUGUAUGGAAACAAGUGGGCCGAAAUUGCCAAGUGCCUGCCAGGAAGGACGGAUAAUUCGAUAAAAAAUCACUGGAAUAGCACAAUGAAAAAGAGGGUCGACUCCGGUGUCUUUAAUGCAGAUGACCCAAUAUCGGUUGCGCUUGCAGCAACCCAUGGUCAUCCAGAUGCCACGCUUGUGGGUAAUCCAGUUCAGAUGGGAGUUGCAGCUGUCUCCUCGUCCUCAUCCCUUGGUGUGGAAUCUUCUUUGAGCUCUCGCAUCCAGAAACCAGUUCAAGUCUUGUCGCAGAAUGCAGGUGUGGUUGGAGCUGAAGCGCAUCAUCCUACUACCUCUUUGAGUAUGGUCAUUGGUGGCAGUGGUGGUAUGCAGUCAAGCUCACUGAACCGUUUCUCCGCCCAAGCUUUGUGUCCUAAUCAGGUUCAAAAGACGUCCUGCAGUGUGCAGACAAGUGCCACAGAUGGCGUGGCGUUUGGAGGAAAUUGCUGUCCAGGAAAGAGUGAUGCUGCUGUGUCAGCUGGAGACGAUAGUGAAGAUGCAGCUAGUGUGGAUGGUGGAUUGAAGAAGCCGAACAAUGUUCGGAAGGAGUUGUUGCCAAACAAGGUGAUUUCAAGGCCUCCUCGGCCUGUGCCCGUACUAAGACCUGGAGUUAAGAUAAACAAUGAUCAUCUCUCCACGGCCACGCCCGCACCUCCUCCGCCCCCUGUGCCUCCGCCUCCCCCUCCCCCUCCUCCAGUACCGCCUCCACCUGUUCCACAUGUUUCUUCUUCUGCUCUCCUUCCCCCUAUCCCGUCUUGCUGCGGUUCUGCAGCUCCUGCAUCAAGCAUUGCUCUGUCAGCGGUGCAGAUUCCUCAGGCCCCUGUGCCAACUGCCAUGUCUCUCACUGGCUACUUGCAUAAUGGGGCAGGCACAAUCUCGGGGAUGGGACUUCCAUCCAUUCCCAUGGCUAUACCGCUUCCAAAAAGCUUGCCUUUCUCUGCAUCUUCUGGGUAUCCUACACCUUCAGGCGGCCCUUCAGGAUCUGGGCCCUUGCAGAUGUCUGCCACAAUCCCAUCCAUGGGACAUUCUGCCGUUCCCAGCCAGUCAACUUGCUUUCCUUCAGGUAUGGCACCUUCGUCUAUCCAAGGCCCAUACCAUACUGUCAUGACUCUGCAUCCAACUCAAGGAGUUGCACAAGGUCAGCACCAGAUCAUGGGUAGCCAUCACCACCACCACCACCACCACCAUCAUCAUGUUGUUGUUGGUCCCUUCGCUUCCCCAGCAGGACAGCAAGGUAUCCGAGCUUUAGCUACCUCUACAGGAACGUCAUCGGAUGGAUUGGGGAUGGUCGCCAUGUCCAUGAAGUCGGGAACAGAGUUCCCCCCUCGGAUGGCCUCCGGUGGGCAGUCGUCAAUGUCGUUGGGGAUGGCUCAUUCGCAAGGGAUUGAUUCGUCCUUAGGAUAUGGAAUGUCAAGAAUCGGUCAGUUGGUGAGUGUACCUCAGCCUCAGCGAGCUCAGGACAACUUUGAGAAUGGGCACCAAGCGAUGACAAUGCCUGCAGAGGUGGCGGUCGUGACAUCAACUGGUGCAGAGGGGCCUGUCAGCAGACUGGAUGUGUCAGUGUCGUCUGCAAUGGUGCCUGUAGAGGAUCAGGGAAGUGGGGAACCAAGUAGUACUGGUGGGCAAAAUGAUAAUCAUGAAGCUUGCACCGAUGAAUUGCUGAGAGCUGCAAGCGAAGUAGUGACAGAGUACAAGUACAUGAACAUUCUCCACAGCAUGCCAGAUGGUGGUUGUGCUGAGCUAGGGGACAGUAAUGAAGAUGUUCUUUUCUACGAACCUCCCAAGCUGAAUCCAAUGGACCUUCCGUUCCUCGAGUAUGACCUCAGCAGUCCGACUGAUGUCUCUCGAAAAGCGUUCAGUCCCCUCGGAGUUUCACAGAUGAUCAUGCCUGCAAUGUGCUCGCCUCUCCUGUAUGGGGCGUUUUCACCAUUCGCUGGCCAAAGUCCGCAGUCAAAACUUCGCUCUGCUGCUCAGUCAUUCUGCUCAACCCCUUCUAUCCUAAGGAAGAGGAGGAGAAAGCUUGAUGUAACUGGAGGGAAUGGAGAAGGACAGGAAGGGAACCUCCUCCUCCUGCAGUAUGGCGAGUCAAAAAAGGGGGUGAAGGCAGAAGAUAAGCAGGGCACAGCGGACAUCGUAGAGCAAACAAGAGAAAAGGAAGGAGAAGGGACUUGUGGUGCCUCAUCUGUGCCUGGACAGAGUGAGUCGCCUACUACACCGGAUGCAUCCAGUGUUUCUGGUGAUUUGGAAGAGUCGACAGGCAAGCCGGCAGCUUCUGUUGCACCUACUGUGAGACCUGUGAUGGUUUCUCCUUCAUACAACUACCACAACAGAGAUGCAAUGCUGCAGCCUUGCUCUGCAAGCGACAGCCCUAGCCUGCUUGGACUCAAGGGUCAGGUCAAAGGCAAGGAUGGGAGCUUCCAGUACAGGCAAAUCACUUGCAGAACACCAUCGAAAGGCAGCUCUGGAACGGGGGGCAGCGGGGGCGGUGCUGCAGGGGGAAGCACAGGUUGGAGUAAUGGUAAUGGGAACGCAACGGUGAAGCCAGGAGGGGAAGGAAGCGGCCAAGAGGGCAGUGGAGAUGCGACCAACGGAGGCGGCAAUAGUGAAGGAGGGGCUCGCAACGCUGGCGGGGCAGUUUCAAAGGCUAUGUGCAUGGCAGGGGCACUUAAAGACUGCGGCCGGCAGGAGAGGAACGUCAAGCGGCCACGCUCAUUUGGAAGUGAAGGAUGGGCGAAGGCAAAGAAUGCAGGAGAGGACUUUCAAGUCAGAAAGAAACCAGACUUAGGUGUUCUCAAGAACUUGCCGUCGGCUGCUCUCUCUCCUAAGGUGGCUGUACUUGUGGAGCAGAGGGUCAACAGCCAAACUGUACUUCCUGAAGUGUUGCUCAGAGGGACGACUGCAGCCUUGCAGACAGAUCCGCCAGCGGGGACAGGGUGUGCUGGUGCCAGUGGGGGGAUUCUUACUGGGCCUUCAGCUGGGGUUCCGUGUUUGAGUACGGUGGGAGCAGGGCCGCGUGUGUCGAAGGUUGUUUCUCCUGCAACAGUGUCAAGCACUGCCAUGCAAAGAGUGGGAGGGACAGGGGUUGCUGACGGAAAUUCUUCAGAAACAGAGGGGUGCCGGAUGCCUGGAAAUGAGUGGGUGUACUGUGCCGUGACUGAUGCGCCCAUCACAUGUUCGCCAACUGGAAAUCCCCCUGACAUAGUUGCCUCUGGGACCUGCCUUGGGUCGGCGGCAGGUAACGAGAAUAACUACACAGGAUCUCCUUCAGGGAUUUGGAAACCUUGGCCUUCAUCAGAUGCUGCAAAGGACUGUGCAACAAUGAAAGAAGGGGGUGCGAACCAACUGAUUGCUUCUGGUGCGAUAGGUCGGACGUCAUUUUCAGAGUACCCUAACAUUGGGCUUUUGCUGGAAGAAGGGAAUGAUGCCUUAGGGAUCAUGCGGCAUCUUAAUGAGCAUGCUUCUUCAGCGUAUUCGGAGGCGGAAGAUGUGUUGGCUCGUACAGCACGGGGAGAUCCGUCGGAUCGAAGUGUUGUCGAGGAUGGAAGUCCAGGUUCUUUUAAGGAGAAUCAGAGGGGUCGCUCAUCGUCUGGAUUCAGUAGUGUGUCAUUGAAUGACUGCUCCAGUUCUUAUGCCGGAUGGCUCUCACCUUUUGGAGGGCUAUUUUCGCCGGAUGUUUAUGACAUUGCCAUCACUCCAUUGAAGCACUCUUCAGCUGCUGAUGACAGCAGCAAUUUACUCCAGCCGCAGCCAGAUCCGUUCAGUCCCUCGAUUUCCUGGGCCGCCUUCGCGACGACCGCCUUUGCAAUGACCAUGUGUUCAGGUCUGUGGGCAUCCCGAAAUUUAGGGAAUCUCAUGGAAACGGCUCUUUCUCCGAUUGACGUGUUGUGUCGCCACAGUGGCUGGCUGUUGGUGAAAAAAGAACAGAGGGAGUCGGAAAGCAGAAAGACGGCCAUUACAGAGUUGAGAAAGAUGGCCCACAAAGGUGGGAGGAAGAAUGGUGUAGUGGGGGAGAAAGAUGGUGGGUGGAGGGAGGCAAAAGAAGCAGAAAGAGGGAGAAGGAGAGCAGAAGAAGAAGAACGCCGAGGAGGAGAAGAAGGAGAAGAAGAAGAAGCGGUGAGGGCUGUUGGCGUACUGCACAGCAAAAGUGGGAGUGGGAAAUCUGUCUUUUGCUCCGAAGACUGUCAUUGUAAACAUGAGGGUGUGGCACUGUGGGAUAUGGAACUGGAUCUGAACUGCUAUCGGUGCCAAAGUGUCUAAGUGUCUUUUGCUUAUGCUUUCUCAGUUUGUUCUAUUCAAACUUCAAUCAACGAGUUGGGAGGCGCAUGCAUUUGAGGGCAAAUUCGAUUCGAUUGCAAGGACAUCAGGAAGUCUGCAUGUUGUAUGGUGCUUCUAUUUAUUGCUUUCAGCUGUUUUCGCUGUAUCGCGGUUAUAAAGAAGUGAAGGUCUUCGGUUCGCAGGGCGUGGUUUCAUUUCAUUGUCUUCGUCCUUUCGGCUGCGAUGAUUUUGAAAGCUAGUUCAAUGCUAUGCGAUAAGCAACAUUCCGUGCUGGUGCGCAACGCCUGCGGAUUGAACGCUUAGCAUACCCAGGCACUCUUUCACUCAGACUUGACGUUUGGUUAUGCGGUUGGCAGAGACGCGAUUAUAUUGCCAAUCGAGGGCCCCAUGCUAUGCGGCGGACCCACUGGGAGCGUGUUUUGAAUUUGAAAUCUGAAGAUAGCAUGCUUGCUAUACACUCUUGAACGGAGUUCUGACUGUACGUUUUCUAUGCGGCGGAUCCACGGGUCCCGUGCUUGCCAUGCGGCGGAUCCACUGGUUGCCAGGCUUCUCCUAAGAGGACCUGGAAGAGGUGCAGGAAAGGUGUCUCCCUCUGCUGCUUUAUAGGAGGGACCCGGGCGGGACAGGAAGGACGCGGGGAAAACCGCAGCGGUUCCCGAUGGCUGUCCGGUGCUUCGACUUUUGAGAUAAGAUGAUCGAUCUUCCUUGCUUUACGGGGAUAGAGGAGGUUUCGCCGUUUCAGGAAAGUUGUUAGUGCCUGAGGAGUUGCAUUGUCUGCCCGCUGGAAGUCGAGAUGUUCAUUUUUUAAAAAAAGUAGUGCAAGUCGCGAUGCCCUGAGCUUGUGGUUGAGUCACUUUCCGGCGAUUUGCUUCGGAACUUCAAACGACGGUUGUCGAACUGUGAAGCCGAGUUGGGACAAAAGAGAGGAACGUUAAAACCAAAUGGGACUGGAGAUGAGAGACAUUUGCUCACCGUUGAUGUUCUGCGAGUCCGUCUGAGGAAGUAGUUGUUGUGAAAGUAUCGAUGCGGUGAGUCAGCAGCACGUCCGGCGUGCAAAGGGCGUAACAGGGGGGAAACAUGGACCUUCCUUUUACUGGCAGCGUGUUGCCCCGGCUUUGGAAGAGUCUGUGAGAGACCGGACCGGAUUAUUUGGCUUACUUGGGGGGGCAGCGGCAGGGCAGGGAAUUGUAGGUGCAACCAGCUGGGAUUACUGUGCUGCUGUGUGUGGAAUCAGCUUUAUCAAUUUUGAUUGCCUGUGGAAGGUGGGUCGGUUUGUUAAGAGCGUACUUGCAUGGAUUGUGUGGUAGUUUCAUUGGAUUUGGCUGCAGUGGCCUUCCUGUGUGUGUGAACCUCUGUCUCCACGUGCUGAUCCUUCCGUAUGUGCUGAGUCGGUUCCGUGCCUUUUUGCA